AAGUUAUCACACAGACACUUCUCUUUCAUUUCCACCACUCUGUUCUACUCCCCACAAAACCAUGAUCUUCUUCUUAUUCCUUCUUCUCCUCUCAUGUGGGCCACCCACAGCAGCUGCAGCCCACUGUACGGCUGAGAUCGGUGCAAAAACCUAUCAGGAGUGCAUGUCCCUGCCCACACAACAAGCUUCCAUUGCAUGGACAUACCACCCAAAAAACGCCACCCUCGACGUGGCCUUCUCAGGGACGUUCAUCUCACCAUCCGGGUGGGUCGCGUGGGGAAUCAACCCCACAUCUCCUGAGAUGACUGGGACCCGCGCGUUGAUUGCUUUCUCCGAUCCAAGCACUGGCCGUCUGAUCAUCCUCCCAUACAUCCUCGAUCCAUCCGUUAAACUCCAGCGGGGCCCACUUCUAUCUCGACCGCUCGAUGUCCACCUGAUUGCCUCAUCAGCCACACUAACGAGCGGGCGGGAAAAUAUGGCCGUCCGAGAAGGAUCAACGGUGCAGAUCUUCGCCACGUUGAAGCUGGUCCCCAACAGGACCAAAAUCCAUAACGUCUGGAAUCGCGGUCUCUACGUCCAAGGCUACUCCCCAACCGUCCAUCCAACCACCAUAACUGAUCUCAGUUCCAUCGCAACCGUUGAUCUCAUGUCCGGUGGAUCCGCAGUGGGCCCCACAAACAUUCGUUCCUUAAAGACCGCCCACGCAAUCCUCAACGCAAUCUCGUGGGGGUUCUUACUACCCGUCGGAGCAAUCGGGGCCCGAUACCUACGCCAGGUCCAGUCACUGGGCCCGACAUGGUUCUAUGCCCAUGCGGCCACCCAGCUAGCUGGAUUCUCAAUCGGGACCGUUGGAUUUGCGAUCGGGAUCAGGCUCGGUCAGGAUUCGCCCGGCGUGGUGUAUGGGCUCCACAGGAAGCUGGGGAUCGCUGCAUUUUGUUUAGGGGCCACACAGACACUGGCUCUUUUGUUUAGGCCCAAAACAACACACAAGUUUAGGAAAUAUUGGAAAUCAUACCACCAUUUUGUGGGGUAUGCAUGUGUAGUUUUGGGGGUUGUGAAUGUUUUUCAGGGGUUUGAAGUGAUGGGAUAUGGGCUAUCCUAUCAAAAAUUAGGGUAUUGUUUGUCACUUUCUACAGUGGUGGGGGUUUGUAUUGCAUUGGAAGUGAAUAGUUGGGUGGUUUUUUGUAGAAAAGCUAAGGAAGAGAAGUUGAGGAGAGAGGGAUUGAUGGGUGGAUUUGAAAAGGGGUGUGGGAGUAAUUCAAAUUAAAACAUCUCCACCGUACAUGUGGGGCUUGAUUUUGGUGAUCAGGACCGUUGAUUUCAUGUAUCUCCGUCUGGAUUGGAUAUGGGCAAAAAAUCAACGUAAUUGGAUGAUUUUUGGCCAUUCGAUUGACAACCUAAAAUGGACGGUUCAGAUUUGAUCAGAUGAGUAGGAUUAGUGCAUGGAUGGGUGCUAAUUUUGGUAUGUGGUCCAUUGAUGGAGUGGGGUUUCAGAUGGAGAGUCGUGAUUACCAUUCAUGUUUGCCAUGUGAUUGGUGGGGCCCACACCUUAUAUCAUGUGGGUGUUUCUUUUCAAUUAUAAAGAAAAUGUGUUCUUUUGAAA